AUGGAUUUGAUUUUAGAAGAUGAACGUCAUAUUUUGGUGGAGGAGCAGAAGGCAUGCAGAGCAAGGGCACGCAAGUUCUCCUUGGAAACAAACCGACGUAGGAAGGCUCUGGAGGAGAGGAAGAAGGAGGAGGACGAGCGCGAGCAGAGGCUGAGGGAGGACAUUCUGCAGCAGCGUAAGAACAAGGUGCAGGACGCCACCGAGCGCUUCCAGAGGGCCCACCUGCCCCCCUCACAGAGGAGGAGACAAGCCCCCAGAAAAGCGACGCCUCAGCUAGAAGAGGCACUAAAUCAGAUUCAAGGCCCCCUCAGUUCCUCCUCUGCACAUGCAACAUUGUUCAAUAGCCCCACCAAUAACAGGAGCUAUGCGCCAUCACCCAGUGCCUCCCGCUACCAGAGGCAGCUGUCUGCAGCAGUCGCCUACGCCAAGCUCAUGCAGGAGAGGAGCAGCGACAACUUCAAGACCAGCCAGCUGCUGUUCCAGAAUGAGCUGCAGGAGACACAGCGCCUCCUGGAGGAGAAGCAGGUGAACAGCCUGCAGGAAUUUCAGCGGGAAGUUAGUGAGCUUGGGCGAUCAGAAAGCCUGUCCAGUUUGGAUAGUUUGGAGAAUGAGAGUUCCCACCGCGCCCACACAGUAAGAGAAGGAUGCGUUUCCUGCUCCAAGGACGAUAACUCAGAGCCCCUGAACUGUGCCAGACCCCAGUCACCACAAACGCAUUGCAACGGCCCAUAUCCUGUGUCUGCAGAGCUCCCCUGGGGAGUGGCGUGCAAUGGUGGCAGCGAUUUUUGGAAGAAUAGGGUCAGCACGAGCUCUCGCUCCUCAGUGGAGGAGACUGAUAAGCUGGGAUAUCUUGACAGGACCACACAGGUCGGAGGAGAACUAGUCACAAAGGAACCAAAACCAGGCUUCAUUCCCAGUGACCAAGCCAUGCUGACUCAGAGUGGAACUGUGGGCUGCACCAUCAGUCAGACAGGCAGAGAUCCCCAAGGCAUUGUUAUUAAUGCCACAGAAAAGUUGAGUCAUCUGCCAAGGAGCCGUCUGACCUGCAAUGAGGAGAACAGCUGCAAUAAAGACACAGACUUCGAGACCAAAAGCACACAGAGCAGGCCCUCAGGUCCUCUAAAUCCAGCAUCCAAGAAUUACCAUGUGAGGGUCAAUAAAGGUCCCGGGCACGAGACGCAAAUAACAUCAGCUGUUGUCUCUGCUUCCACUUCCACCUCCAAGGUCAACAGUGUUAAAAGUCCUAAAGGGAUACUUAAAAAAGAAUCUAAAUACGUGACAUGCCAUACCAAAAUAACCUCCUCCCCCAUUAACUGCAUGUUCACGAAUCAUGUCGCGGUGUCCAUCAAGGACAGCGUGGAGCUGGCGAAGCAGAAGGACAAAGACCCUGAAAGCAGCAAGACUGUUAAAAAGAAACUACGGUGGUUUGAUGAAGUACACCUCAAUGAGGAGGAGGAGGUGGAGGAGGACGCAAGGCCACUGAGGGACCCAGUCAAGAACACAGCAAUGAGGAGCAAGACCACGCAGCCCUCUCAAGGGAAAAGUGUUUUAGUGGGAAAUCAGGAGGACCUUGUCCAGGCUGCCCAUCUGGUCACUACCCCGGCAGUUUGUGUGGGCCACUGUGCGAAACAGGCAUGGUCAGACAGCAGGGCCCAGGACAGCAAGCUCCAGGUUCGAGGUGAGGAUGGCCAGCACGGAAAGACAAGCCCGCGCAGGGGGCGAGCCAGAGUCCCCAGGAGAGUGCGCUCGGCCAGGGCCCGGCUAGGCCAUGCCCCGUCCCGGACCAGGAAGGGCACGGUGGUGAGGCCGCAGUCCGCUUCUGAGGCCAGUCAGGUCUUCAAGACCCAGGGGAAGAUUAUCAUGCCUCGUCCGCCCCCCAAAAGUGGAACUCUUGAAAGCAGGCUGGCCCCGGGUUCCAGCUGCACAGAGGAAGCACUGCUGAUUCCCGCCAAGUCCAUGUGCAGCGACGUUCAGUCCUGCAGCAGGCCAGGCCCUCCAUCUGAACAGGCCUUGCACAAGGACGUCUCUGGCGGCUGUGCCAUUCCCGCAGGUCAGUCCAUCGUCAUGGCCAGUGGCAUCACCUUCACGCCAUUUCCCCCCUCCUACGCCUUCUCCACCUACGAAAACAUCACCAAGGCGAUGUACACCAUUGGUGGCAGCCAUUCGGCAGGCCAGCAGGAGGCCCUAGGUGCCGGCAGCAAACGCUGGCCGCAGUACGCAGAAAACAGCCUGAACAUGGAGCAGACCCCCACGGAUGAGGAGAUCUCCCAGCUGUGGCAUGGAGUUCGCAGUGCCUUAGCUACUAAAGGCGGUGACCCUCGAAACUUUGCCUCAUACAGUUGCCUAUUGUCUGGGCUGUCUCAUGCCCGUGCCAAUGUGCCUCAGGUCACCAAUGAUGGCAGUAACCUGAUCAGCGACAUCAAAGCGGUGACGAGGAUGGGGGGAUUCUUUGUCACCACCUCCAACGGUGCUAAGAGUCCAGUGAGGAGGAAGCAAAUCACAGACAGCAAUGGUAAGAAGCACAGAGCCCUUCUGGAGCAGAGAAGACUGGCCCCGGCGUCAGGAACCAGGAGGCCGCCGGUCCCUGCUCAGCUCACGCGCCCCCUGCUGGCAGUCUCGGACAGCACGGCCCAGUUUCUGCUGGCAGAGAACCUGGCCGAGAGCUCAGCAACAGACGCCGACAUCCUGGCCGCCAUGGAGACGGUGCAGACGCAGAGGCAGGGCAUGGUGCAACACGUGCAACACCUGGGCCCCAGUGCGCUGUCACUAGAGGAGCAGAGACUGCUGCUAUCCCUGGACCGCCUUAACCACCGGCUGCAGUCUGUACAGAAUGCAUCUGCGGGAAACCCCUCUGUUCCAAGCCUCCUGCAGAUUGGCGCUCCUUCCCAGAACCUGUCAUCCCGACCAGGGGAAGGGCAGGGAACUCCCCAGCGGAGGUACCGCGUGUGCUCUGCAGACGGCCGGGGCCGCCCACAGAAGCGAUUCUGA